ACUCGAUAAGUCUUUGUACUUAGUACUCACAUGAUGCAAUUAGUAGUUGACAAGAUGGCUGAGAAGAGGAAAGGAAAGAGGCGGAAGGAGGAAUUUGUUCUUGAAGAACCAGAGAAACCAACCCGAGAAGAAUAUGCUGUUGCAAAGUGGCUGCGCAAACAUGUACCAACAAAGAAAACCAAAUUCUUAAAUCAUAAUGUGGAAUAUUUUACUGCUGUCAAAGCUGUGGAUGCGCUCAUGGAAACUCCCUGGGCUAAUCCUAAAGAAGGGGACGAAACAUUCUUCACUUCAAGAGCUGAUAUAGUUGAAUUUCUUGAUAGGAUGUUGAGGCACAAGUUUUUCCAUCGAGCCAAGAAAGUCCCAGUGUCAGAGCAGGAGCUGAAAGCAAAGUUGAAGAAGAAGGAAAAGGAACGAAAACGUGAAGCGGGCGAAGAGAAACGUAAGAAGGAUGAGGAUAAAGGUGACGCAGAUGCUGAGAGUAGCCAUGCUGAAGGAGAGAAGAAAGAUGACAAACAAAUGGUGCCCUCUGAGGACAAAGAGAAAAAGAAACGUAAGAUCAGGCUUGAAAUGCAUCUAGAUCAGCUGUUUGUUGAUGGUCUAGAUGCCUACGUGUGGAUCUAUGAUCCUAUACCUGUGUAUUAUUGGUUCUUCGGCACUUUGUUGGUACUUGGCGCUAUUGCAAUUUGUCUGUUCCCACUGUGGCCACCUUCUGUAAGGAAAGGAGUCUAUCACUUGAGUAUCGGAGCUGCUGGAUUCCUCAUCUUUAUAAUUGCUUUGGCAGUUGUGCGACUUGUUGUGUUUUGUGUUCUUUGGGCACUUACUUUUGGUAAACAUCAUUUCUGGCUCUUCCCAAAUCUCACAGAGGAUGUCGGGUUUCUGGCCUCGUUUUGGCCUAUAUAUCAGUAUGAGUACAAAGGUCAAAACACUGAAGAAAUGAAAAAGUCUACCAGAAAGAAGAAGAAAGAGAAAGAUUCUGAUAACGAAGAAGAAAAUUUGGAAGGAGAUUUGGCUGAGAGAGAGGAUGCUAAUAGAACAGAAGACGAACGGCCACCCGAUGCUGAAGAGAAAGCUGAAGAGGAGAAGGACACAGACAAUUCAGAAAGUGAAUCUGAAAGCAGCCAGAAGUCUCAGACGGGAAAAGACUUUGAAAUGGUAGAACGGGAAGAAGUAGAAUCCUAACACUUAAAAGUAUGGUAAGAAAUGUAUUUAACCACUUAUUACAAUUCAUGUAGAUGAAGGUAAUAAAUUGGCUUUGAUUUUGCAAUACACGAACUAGAUGCCUUGCAGACGUUUAACCCUGAUGAUGUAAAUUUUGUUUUUCAUUUCUAUUUCUGUUGACAUGUGAAUUGUGUUACCAAAGUGAAAUUAAUGGUUUCGAUGCCAUGCACUUCAAUCAUUAUAGCUGGAUUGCUGUACAGUUCCUGUCAGUUAAAGGUUCUCAUGUGAACUGUGUACAGGUUAAUGAGUUCAUACUUCAUUUUCUCAAUCUUCUCAGCGAAUGCUUCCUGUCGUUUUGUGGCAUGUUACCACAUGAAGAAUUUCUGUUUGUUAUAAUUUAUUUGUAGCAAACAUAUUUUAAAUGAAGUUAGUUUUAAGUGGUAAAUAAAUUAAUAGGGGCGCAAUCACAGCGUUCCACCAGCAGUAACUUUCUCUGAACCAGAGUUCUGAGGUGCAGGUAUCCCCAGACUACUCCCACAAAUUUUGCCUUUUUUUUUUAAGUGAACAUAGAAAAUAACGAAAUUAUUCAUCUAAACCAAAAAAUCAUAAUUUAAUUGUUUAAAUGAAGGUAUUAAAGUUAUAAGAAUGAAAAUUAUAGGCCAAGAAACCAGUGACUGCUAACAUUUUUGAGUUAUGUGACAACUGUCAUGCUCAUCAGGAGAUACUUGUACUAAAAAUGGUAUGGUUCAAUGGCAUGGACUGCUUUAAAUUUAUUCUCAUGGCAAGUAUUCCAGCUGACAGUGUUCUGUGUGAUCACACAUGCGGCCAAUUCAUAAUUUAUGUUUUACCAAACCGCAUACAGACAUGCUAAAAUAUCCUAUAUUCAAGUGAAAUCACAGCUUGUCAAAUUAAUGUAAAAUGUUGUAGUAACCAGUAUUUUACUAUGGGCUAUAGAAGAGUGUGUUCAACAAAAAAUGCUUAAGGGAUAUCAUUUUAAUAGCUUCUUUAUUUUUAGAAUGGUGUUUACAUUAUACAAGGAGUAAACAGCCUGUUAAAGAAUAUAACAAAAAAUAACAAGUGUAUCAAAUCUGUGAUGUUACAGAGAAAAGGAUUAAUGUCCAAAGUUCUAAGAAUUUAAAUAAAUGCAGGAUGAUGUUCUCCCCUUUAAAGAAUCAAGUGGAAACCAAGUGAUAUUACUAAUACUUCCCAUUCAGUGGCAUAAUGAAAUAUUUACAGUUUCAUAUAUUACUGCCUAAACAUGAAAGUUACUUCUUUCUGCUCCUAGAAAGUAUUUUGGUAACUUAACUCUCUUUUCCGUAACACCACAGAACAGUCAAAGGUAAACACAAGUGUUAUGUAGAGCUGCAUAUUCUUUCCGUCUCAGAAUUAAAAUACUAUGUAUGUAGGUGCACACUAUAUAUAUAAAGAUACAUGAUAUUAUAACUGUUUCGUAAUCUCACAUUUUAAUAUUGCUGUUCUGUUUUCCAGUGUGAAUGAUGCAUAUUUGUUUUUGAAAAAUCGUUUCAUGGAUCUGUACCAGUUAUAAUAAAUCUUAUGCAUCAGA